CAACUCUCCCAUCCCGUGGAUGCCAGAAUCACUGCCAGGCUGUGAGAGGAGGUGGCACAAACAGCCCUUUCUGCUGGCCACCACUUGGCUCCAUCCCCAGCACUGCCUGGGUGGGCUCCCAGGGGAGCCUGCCCUGGCUGUCCCCCACCCCUGAGCAUGGUGUUGUGCCACUGCUGCUCUGUGAGCGUUCAUGGGAGGAACAGCUCCCUGCUUUCCCUCCACCCACAUCCACCCCCUUACAGGAGGAUCCACGCUUGUUCACCUUAGUGCCUGGCCCCCUGUCAAGAGCUCCUGCAGGCAGCCAGGAGCUGCUCCUAGUGGGCUGCCAGGGGAUUUGGGAUCUGACAGCUGGGUGCUGACAGCUCCCUGCAACUGCUGCCUGCAGCUGCUGGGCCCUGCUCUCGCUGGUCAGGUGGAGAAGGAUGCUCUGACCACCACAGGGAGGAGGCUGGCUCCCUUUUCUCCCUUCACCAGGUGUUGGUGAUGGUGUUGGAGGGUUGUGGUACCCACUGCCCUGGUGGGGCUGGUAAAGCCUUGGGGACAGUGGUGGUACAAGCAGAGGGAUUCCAGGCUGGAGGAGCUCCUGCAGGGUGAUGCUCCCCGAUGGGCACUGUGAGGGGAGGAGGUGUGGGUGCUGCACAGAGCAAGUCUUGUCACAGCUCCUAGCAGGGAGUUGGGAUGGGAGGCCCUUGUUAGCUGGGAGUGCUGGGAGCAAGUGCUGACACCUCCUGGGGCUUCCUCUGCAGCAGCUCGGGGGCCUCCCAAGCUUUCUCCUGGCUGACACAUCGCCUCUCCUCCCUGUUUGAUGCAGGGCUCCUGUGUCUCCCCACAGACCCCACACAGGGGCUGGGGGGGAUCCUGGGGCUCCCUGGGGUCCGGCUCCAUCCCAGCGGGGCCGUGGCAGCCCAGGCAGAGGGACUGUCCCGUCAUCCUCCAGCACGGAGCAUCUCCCAGCCUGCCGUCUUGUAUGGCUUUUUAUUCCUAUGUGAUUAUACAUCCCACUUCAUAUAGGGAUUGAAGCCGUGCAGUACGCCGGGCUCCUGCGGCAGAGAGCAGCCCCUGUGCCACGGGAGCCGGCCCAGGAGGAGCCACCAGAGCUGUCCCCAGGGUGCUGCAGGGACUGCUGGGACUCCGUCCUGCAUCCCAGGCUCCCCAGCCCUCUUGGGAUGCAGGCACUGCCAGCAGCACAGGGGAGGAAGAAGAGGAAAAAGAUGCUGAGGAAUGGCCACGACAGCAAGGGCUGCCCCAGGCACGAUGCUCUUCAAGGUUUCUCAAGAGGCCUCAGCCACUCUUUCAAGGCACGAGCCCCCAGAGCCAGGGUGGCGUGGAGCUGGUCCCAGCACAGCCCACACACUGGGGUUGCUCCGUGUGACUGCAGCCACACUCUGGUGUCUUCAUUUGCACAGCUCUACUCCCAUGAGGCCAAUAUCCCAUCCAGGACAGCAUGGACAAGCUGCAAAGCCCUGCUCAGCUGUGGUGACUCACUUGAGUUCCCAAUGGGAAAGUCAUUGCUCCUGCCAAGCCCUGCCAGCCCGGAGGCAAAUCAUUACCAGGCAGGCACCAGCAGGGAAGAUGUUACUGUGGAGGAAGGAGGCUGGAGGAGGACUCCACACAGCUGGCUUGCCACUGCACUUCAUUCAUCCCCAUCCUUACACUGUGCAGUGAAGAGGGAGCUCUCAUGAUCUCUCCAUGGCUCUAAUUAAAAUGGCCUGGAUGUCCAUGACGUUGGUGCCUGUCAAGCCUGUCACCAGGAGGUGAUGCCCACCUUGGAACUGGCUGAAGAAUGUGUAGGAGUCAUU